AUGGAUGACGAUUUAUAUGACGAGUUUGGAAACUUUAUCGGGGAGGAACUCGAGGCUUCUGAGGAAGAAUCCGAACAUGGCGUGGAUGUGGGCAACUAUGCCUAUGACGAAUAUCCUGAGGCCGCUCCAGAAGAAGCUCCAGCCCAGGAGCAGAUGGACAUCGACGAUGAAGGUCCUUCGAACGCCGUCGUGCUCCAUGAGGACAAACAGUACUAUCCGACCGCCGCACAGGUGUACGGGGAGGGUGUCGAGACGUUAGUGCAGGAAGAGGACGCGCAACCGUUGACCGAGCCGAUUAUCGCCCCGGUCGAACAAAAGAAGUUCAGCAUCGAGGAGGCCGAUCUCCCGCCUGUCUAUUUCGACCGCAGUUUCAUGACCGAUCUCAUGAACUUCCCCGAGCAAAUCCGCAACAUCGCCCUGGCUGGGCAUCUGCACCAUGGAAAAACCGCAUUCAUGGACAUGCUUGUCCUCGAGACGCACGCCAUUACUGACAGGCUGGAGAAGCGGACGGGAAAGAAGCGAGACGAGCAACUCAGGUACACCGAUGUCCAUGUGGUUGAGCGGGACCGUGGGGUGUCGAUCAAGGCUUCACCCAUGAGUUUGGUACUGCCCAGCACAAAAGGGAAAUCGCAUCUCUUCAACAUCAUCGACACCCCCGGUCAUGUGGAUUUUGUCGACGAGGUUGCUGCAUCCUUCCGUCUGGUGGAUGGUGUCAACACGGAGCAGAUCAUCAAACACGCAGUACUCGAGGAUAUUCCCCUGACUCUCAUAGUCAACAAGAUGGACCGCUUGAUUCUCGAACUCAAACUACCACCCAAUGACGCUUAUUACAAGCUAAAGCAUGUCAUCGAAGAGGUCAACACCGUCAUCGAGAACACGAUACCUGGGCGGGGAGAGGCAAGGAGAGUCAGUCCUGAAAAGGGCAAUGUGCUCUUUGCCUGCACAUCAAUUGGGUGGUGCUUUACUUUGCAGUCUUUUGCAAAGAUGUACUCUGACAGCUUUGGCGGCGUCAACAUUGACGAGUUUGCUCGGAGACUGUGGGGCGACAUCUACUUCAACCCCAGGAAACGGAGCUUCACAAGGAAACCGAUCGAGGAGGGAGCAAAGAGGUCUUUUGUCCAUUUCAUUUUGGAGCCGAUAUACAAGCUUUUCUCCCAUACUAUCAGUCGAAGUCCGGAGGACCUCAAGGAGACGUUGGAAAAGCUUGGGAUCUACCUCAAACCAUCUCAGUAUAAGGCAGAUCCAAAAGUCCUUCUGAAAUUGGCAUGCGAGCAGUUCUUCGGACCAUCAACCGGGUUCGUGGACAUGGUCUGCCAACAUGUCCCCUCACCAGUUGAGGCUGCCGAGAAGAAGCUCGAGCAGUACUAUACCGGUCCACUCGACACGAAAAUUGCAGAGUCAAUGAAGAAGUGCGACCAAAACGGACCGCUCGUCAUCUACAUUACCAAGUUGUUCAACACGGUUGACGCAAAGGGCUUCUACUCCUUUGGGCGUGUAAUGAGCGGCAUCGCGCGCCCAGGCACAGAGGUCCGGGUGCUGGGCGAGGGCUACUCCAUCGACGAUGAAGAGGACAUGGCAUUGGCUAGAAUCUCGGAUGUCUUCAUCGCCGAGACUCGAUACAACAUCCCAACGGACGGUGUGCCGGCGGGGAGUUGGAUCCUCCUCGGCGGUGUUGACAACUCGAUUGUCAAGACGGCCACCAUUGUUGACAAGCAAUUUGAAGAUGAUGAGGCCGCGUACAUAUUCAAGCCGCUAUCCCACUUCACCGAAUCUGUUCUCAAGGUCGCAGUCGAACCCAUCAACCCAUCCGAGCUGCCCAAGAUGCUUGACGGCAUCAGGAAGAUCAACAAGAGUUACCCCCUCAUUACCACCAAGGUAGAGGAGUCGGGCGAGCACAUCAUCCUCGGCACUGGCGAGCUGUACAUGGAUUGCGUACUACACGAUCUGCGUCGACUGUACGCGGACAUGGAAGUCAGGGUUUCUGAUCCGGUCGUCCGGUUCUGCGAGACGGUGCAGGACAUGUCGGCCACCAAGUGCUACGCAAUCACACCCAACAAAAAGAACACCAUUACCAUGGCCGCGGAGCCUCUGGACGACGGCAUCGCGCAAGAUAUUGAGUCGGGCGCCGUCAGGAUACGUGACCCGCCGCGCAAAAUAGCCAAGUUUUUCGAAGAGAAGUAUGGAUGGGACCUUCUCGCAGCCAGGAGCAUUUGGGCGUUUGGUCCAGACGAAAUGGGUCCCAAUAUUCUACAGGACGAUACACUACCAGGGGAGGUCGACAAGAAGCGGCUGAACACGGUGAAGGAGUCGAUCCGUCAAGGUUUUAGCUGGGCAACUCGAGAAGGCCCGCUAUGUGAAGAGCCCAUACGAAAUACCAAGUUCCGGCUCAUCGACGUCUCGCUCGCACAAGAGGCAAUCUUCCGCGGGGGUGGGCAGAUCAUUCCCACCGCCCGUCGCGCCUGCUAUAGCUCCUUCCUCAUGGCCUCCCCGCGGCUCAUGGAACCGCUGUAUUCCGUCUCGAUGACGGGCCCCCAAGAUUCGGUCAGCAUGGUCUACAACAUCCUGGCCCGCCGCCGCGGCCAUGUGCUGUCGGAUGGGCCCAUCGCAGGCACCCCGCUGUACCGCGUCAACGGGCUCAUCCCCGUGAUUGACAGCUUCGGGUUCGAGACGGACCUGCGCAUAAACACCCCCGGCCAGGCCAUGGUCAGCUUGGUGUUUGACCGGUGGAAUAUCGUGCCCGGCGAUCCGCUGGACAAGGAGAUGGUCACCAAGCCGCUGCAGAUGGCCACGGCGCAGGCCACCGCCAGGGACUUUGUGCUCAAGACUAGGCGGAGAAAAGGUCUGAGCGAGGAUGUGACGGUGGCGAAGUUCCUGGAACCCGAGUUCUACCAGAGCCUGAUCGAGAGCGGCACUUUGGGGGAUGUGUGA